AUGACGACGCCACCCUCUCUAUUCCACGCGCUCCUCCGCCCAUCUAUGCUCCAGAUACUUCGCUCUACAGGCUACCAUUCGACGCGACCGGCCGUACUCGACUCCCUGACCGACCUCGCAGCUCGAUACUUGUCGCUUCUGUGCCAAGGCACCGCCGAGCAUGCCGCGCACAACCAGGGCGACAGCGCGGACUUCACCAUAGCGGACAUACGCAUGGCGCUCCAGGAUGCAGGUGCGUUGAUGCCGGAGCGUGUCCCUGCGGAGGAAACAUGGCGCGGCGAAGAGGACCUGCGCGGAGUGGAGGAGUUUAUCACCUGGUUUGCGGGACAGCGCAUGAAGGAGAUGAUGGAGGUUGGGAGCGGAGAUGGAGAGACAGAUGCGACGGAUUAUCUCAAUGCUUUGAAAAAGAAACACAGCAAAACCGGCGAAGACGCAAAGUACAACGGGACGAUACUCGGACGAGGCCACGACACUGGCGAGAUUCAAGUUGAGGGCGGUCCAGAGACAACCAUCACAGAAUGGAUUUCCAACCGCGCCUCACCCCAAAGCAGCCCAACACCCGGUGACGAAGAUCAGCAGCCGGACAGAGAGCAGGUCCCCCAACAACAAGCACCUCAGCAAAACGGCCAUGCUAGUGACGACGAGUCGGGACUGAGCUCCGUAGGCGAUCGCCUAGAUCUUGAGGAUACGAUGGACUUGUCAUAG